GUCAGUGUGAAAGCCACAGUUACCACUUUGAUUCCAUUUUGGUGAAGAAAAUAAUAAUAAAACCGAAGCUUUCAAAGUCAAAUCUGUGUUAAUUAAAAAACCCAGAUUUUUCCACCAUUUCUGCUCUUCUUUCCCUUUCAAAUCUUAUCUAAAACUACUCAACCAAACCCUAAUUUGCAGAAUUCACAAACAGAUUUCAAAAUCGCACCAAUUGAAUUCAAUGGAUGUAAAACAGAGAACAGCGCGCUCUUUAGUAUCCAAGCUAAGCUCCGUUUCCGAACAAACCCGAUCCGAAGCCUUAUCGGAGCUCCGUUUAACAACCAAACAAGAUCCGGACAGCCGUCCGAUAAUCGCCGAAGCCGGUGCAAUCCCAUACUUAGCCGAAACACUCUACUCCUCCUCACACUCCUCCCAAGAAAACGCCGCCGCCACUCUCCUCAACCUCACGCUCUCCUCACGCGAAGCUCUCAUGUCCACGCGCGGCCUUCUCGACGCUCUAGCACACUCGCUCUCACACCAUUCCUCCACCACGUCUCCUCUCGCCGUCCAAUCAGCCGCCGCCACGUUGCAUUCGCUUCUAGUCGUUGAUUCCUACCGCCCGAUCAUCGGAUCGAAACGUGAGAUUGUGUAUUCCUUAAUUGACAUAAUAAAAUCUCCUAAUUCGCCGCCGCGAUCGGUUAAAGACGCGUUGAAAGCGAUGUUCGGAAUCGCCUUAUAUCCGUUGAACAGAUCAACGUUGAUCGAUCUCGGAGCGGUAGCGCCGCUUUUUUCUCUGGUGUUGAAAGACGGUAGGGUUGGGAUAGUGGAGGACGCGACGGCGGUUAUAGCGCAAAUUGCGGGGUGUGAGGAGAGUGAGGCGGAGUUUGCGAGAUUCUCCGGGAUCGGAAUUUUGAUUGAUUUAUUAGAUUUGGCGACGGGUUGUAGUCCGAGAAUUAAGGAGAAUGCAGUGUCGGCUUUGUUGAAUUUGGUUAGAUGUGGAGGGGAGCAUGUUGCGGCGGAUGUUCGGGAUAUGGCGGCGGUUGUUGUGGAAGGGAUUAAGGAUGUGGCGGAGAAUGGCGGCAGUAAAGGUAAAAUUAAGGGUGUUGCUUUGCUGAAAGUUAUUGAAGGUGAAUUUAGUAAUGAAAGUUUUCAUAAUAGUUAUUAUAAUGAUGCUCAGUUUGAAAAUUCUACAUAAGUUUAUUUGUUAGUUAAAUAUUUGAUUUUGUUGUUGUUGUUAGGGUUUUGUUUUUGUACAUUUGUUUUGUGUAAAUUGUAUGAUUAUAGAGAAAUAGGGAUUCAUAAUGUGUUACUAAUAAGUAAUAACAAUUCUUGAAAUAUAUUGCAAACAUUAGGAUAAUAUGAUUAUUGAUGAAUCAUUCUAAUGGUGUGAUCAUCUUGUUGUCUCUUGCUCUUAGGUCUUAUUAUGUGAGAAAUCAUUUGACUUUUUAAUAAGAAUUACCUUAUUUCGUUA